GCCCAACUCUCGUUUCGUUCCUCGGCAUGACGCUUCCCGGGCCGGUCUUCCGCGCGAACUUGCUCAUCCGGGGGGAAGACCACGUUGUGACGCUGUAUGACACCGAGCCGAGUGGAGUGGUGUGCAUGGCAGUGAACUCGGCCACGACCAACAAGUUUACGCGGGCGUUUUCGUCGGCGGAAUUGAAAGCGGCGAAGUUGACCAAGACCCCGUCAGACUACUUUCACCUGGUCGAGUCGCUUUACUUUGUCGCGAUCGGAGGCGUGAACGAGCUCCAACUGCACUCGUCCCUCCCGGGGAUGCGACCCCCCGCCGCAAUUGCGACAGCCACCGCCGCUCAGCACUACCUGACAAAUGCCCAAGCUGGGAAUGAAAAUUUCACCCAAGUGUUGUCUCGGGGACUCAUUAUGCUUUGCAAUGACAAACCGAUGGGGCUCCAGGCCAUCACUCGGCUCGGCAAGUGGCUGCUCGAGAACAAUCCGAACAAGCCCAAGGUCGUCGUUGUAAACAAGUAAAAAUAAUCUGAGUGCGAGUUCUAUCGUUGCCGUUCUAGUGGAUGAGAUCCCACACAUGUCUCGUGCAGGUCCUUGUGCCCGUGGCUGUGGGACCGACAAUUACAUCCUUGGCAUCUUCGGAAGAGAUUUUCUCUUGCGGCCAGGUUCAUCCAUCCAACGGCGCCCUGUGGAGGUUCGAAGCCGACCGAUGCAGC